UAAUUCAAGUUCAGCUGAAUCUCCCAAACAAAACAUCCUCGAUCAACGAACAACGAACACGGCAAGCGAAAAUACCGAGAGAGCCCGUGAUCCUCCAAAGGAAUAAUCCAGGUCAACCUCUUGUCCUCCUUGACGUUCUCGCCGUUGAUCGCCACGAUCUCCCUUCCUUCGAAGAUGCGGGAUUUCCCUCUGGGACUGCGGGAGGUAAUCCCCGACCAGACCGUGCCGGAAAAAUCCGCCCGCGAACUCAUGACCAUCAACUCUGGGGGUACGGCCAGUACUUUGCAGGAGAUCACCUUAGCCGAUGGAUCAGGCGGGUUUACGUACGUGGAUGAUGGUCGACCGUGGACCAAGAAUCGCUUUGUGACUUGGCGCACAUGGCAAGAUCAGAUCGAAUUGAAGGAGUCUUCAUUAGAUUGGGUCUUGCAAGGGCCACGGGUCAAGUAUCGGUUCCAGGACACGCCUAUUCUUUCCGGGGGCGUGACCGUGCAUGAGACCUUUCAUUCGGUGGUGAUUCUAAUCCCAACCGUCAGCUCGGUCCAUAAAUUGAUAUUUCCGCACCCGAAUCGGAUCAUGAAACAGAAUGAGCAUCUACUGCAGCAUCAUAGAAAUCCGGGAUUUGAAGGCAUUCCCUCCAUCUUUGCCGAGGCCACGCCCAAUGUGGCAAAAGAGCACUCUCAUGUGAUCCAAAACACAGGCACAACGCCCAUGCCGCAUUUGGCCGCUUCACAUCUGACCCAAAACGAUGAGGCCAUAUUUGCUUUGGCUAAUUCCGUGGGCCAUAUUUUGGUGGUGAAAUUCAGCAAUGUCAAGGGCAUGGUCACGGUCAACCCGUUGAAAUCGGGAUCGUAUUUGGGCCGACUUUGGGGUAAUUUGGGUGGGAUGCUGACUUCCCAUCGGUCGGGCAGUGAAGUCUCGGAGAGUGUGGUCAGUUUGGCCGUCCAUCCGUUGUACAAUGAUGUCUACAUCUUUGGCCUGUGCAAAGACCACAAGAUUCGCAUGUGGUCGUCCAGUUCUUUGGAUUGUGUCAUGGUCGAAGAUGUCCUGGCGUACUCGGCCACUGAUCCCAAUCAAGUUCAGCAAGGUUCACAAACGCAUUUUAUGCGCAAAGUAGUGGAUGUGACGAGUCGCCGAUUUGCUUUGGCCUUGUUUCUCUCCUUCGCUCAUCAUUCCCAAUUCUGCAUCAUCCGUCCUCAAAUGGUGGACGGACAAUUUCAAUUGGAUCAUUUGGCCACGAUUCACGCCCCAGAGUUGGACUUGGUGGACUUUCAAGUGUCCUCUUCCCAUCUAUGGGCUUUGUGGACCAAUCAGGAAGGCGAACCCGUGCUCAAGUACACGACCUUCAGCUCCAAGACCUCCGAUACCACCACCGGAUGGAACAAUGUGGUGUUUGAGAAUGACUUGGAUCCGGAUUUCGCUUCCCUGAGCCCAAAUGUUGACCCCCGGCAAGCCCAUCUCUCCCAACUUUUCUACCCGGGGCGGUUUUCUAUCCAAACUCUGGCCAAGACCGUGAGUAUCUAUCGGCGUUCGUUAGAUAUCACUUCGAUCCCCGAGGAUCAAUGGACCAUGGAACGAUUGCGAGAAGAAGUCUGUCAGGCCGUGGAAAUCGAAAUCCAAAAUCAGGUCACCGAGUACGAGAUCUCGGAUGAGGAAUACGUGGAGAUUGCUCACUCUGCUUGGAAUCGUUUCUAUUCGUGUGCCGUUCAAUACCACCAAGCCGGUGUCAAACCCAUGGGACUAAUUUGUGAUCCUGGUUCGGGAUUGAUCACAAUUAUCAAGAAGGUCGGAAUCAGUUUCAUUCGUCCCUUGGACGCAUUGGAGCAUUUGGUUUUGAGUGGGGAAUCCAAUGGACUUCGGGGACCUGAGAUCUUUUCUGAAACGCCCAUGUUGUGCGAGGAUCCGGCUCUUGCUCAAGACGUGAUCCACCUGAUGAAAGCUAUUACAUUGGUGGAUUCCUGGAUUCCACCCCGGUAUAUUGAUGAAUUUGCAUUCUCACUCUCACGACUGGGCAGUCCAGAUCAGACGGCCAAACGGAUUGUUCAGGCCAUUUUGAAUCAUCAAGAGCAUGAGGAUUCCGCCUCCAUGGACGAUGAUGAGCAGAAUCUCCAAAUUCAAUCCCAAAUCAAUUUCACCCAAGAGCUCUCCACUCGACUUCAACAAGUUGGGGAUGUGGCCAAAGCUUUGGAAGUUCUUCUCGCGAUCCUGGAAUUGGAUCGAGGCAUCGUGGCCCACCGGGCUGAACAUCCAGAUUACGACGAAGAUGCUAAUCGCUCUCGCUCACAAUCUGAUCCGACGAAACGCGUUUUCGCAUCGCCCCUCGGGAUUUGCGUCUUGGCCGAGUCCCUCAAACAAAUGGCCCGAACUCGUUUCGAACUCACUCGAAAUCUGAUCGUGCUCCAACAGCUGAUGCUGGAAUGCGGCAUGUCGGAUUCGAUUUCGGUGAACACGGCCGAGAAGAUCCAUUCCACCUUUCUUCCCCGAUCCGUAGUCAUGGCCCACAGUUAUCAUGUGUUGGUUUGGCUUACGGAGACCGUAGCCACUGAGCCCCAGCCUUCCUCACUGGAACAAGGCCUUCGUCAAAUGGCCGUACUCAGGAUAUCCGAUCAUUCCAACUCGAAUACGCAGGCCAUUGCGGAGCUCACCCGUAGCUCCAAACGCCAUUUGCCGCUCUCCGAGUUGUUCCUGCGCGGUGUUGGAGGAGUGCGAGCCCGCGCGUUGCUCACCAGUGACUCGGACCUGACCGCAGCUUGGCACUCGGUGCUCAUGCCUUUGGUGAAUAUCUCAGCUCAGUUGCUUUGGCCGCGGUGUGUGGUUCCACUCUUCCAGGAAUUUCUCCUUACUGCAUGCCAACACAUGCAAAUUCAGGAAUACGUGAGACUCUUGAGCACCUGGUGUGAUUGGCAUUGCCAUUCUCGUCAGUUUUUGCUGGGUUCGGCUUUAUUGAACAUGGGCGAGGCGGAGAAGGCUGCUGAUUGGAUGAUUCAAGCCGCUGAAGGCGUUCAUUCCGACUCAUUUUUAGUGGACUUGCUGUUCAGCUCGGACUCGGAUAUCCAACCUGAAAGAUUGUCCGUGCUCUACUACUUAAAGGUCAUCGAGCUUUUUGAGCAAUUUGGUUACUAUGACUUUGUCAUUGAACUGGCCAAAACGGCCAUUGACGUCAGUGAUCCAGAGGAUCCGAAUCGGACCACUCUUUGCUACAUCUUGUUCAACCAUCACUUGAAACUGGGUCAUAAUGACGAAGCGUAUGAUGCCAUGAUCGUAAACCCGGAUCAAUCUCGACGAAAGGACUCGCUCCGUCAGUUUGUUGUGACUUUGUUUGAGCGACGGCAAUUGCGGCGAUUGGCUUCGUAUCCCUACAUUGAUAUGUUUGAGGACCUGGAGCAUAUUAUUGAAUCGCGAGCCAGAUCAGUGGAUUUGGGUGUCAACAACUAUUACGAUUUCCUCUACUCAUUCCAUGUCAUGAAAGAGAACUAUCGUAAAGCUGCCGUCGUUAUGUACGAAUGUGGAAUGCGAUUGGGCACAGAAAUGUUCAAUUUGGAAGGAUUAAAGCGACAAGCCCAGGCCUACUUGGCCUGCCUAAAUUGUCUCAAGCUUGUACAUCCGGACAAUGCGUGGAUUGUCAAACCUAUUCCCCACUCUAAACGGGAACGACCCACCAACCACUUCCAUCCUGCCACAAGUCCCAAACACUCUCACGAUGGAGAAGAGAUUCAAUUUGCCUCUUCUUCGCUUUACGACUUGAAAAUCGACGUUCUCGAAAUCACGGACAUCGAAAGAGAGUUCGAAUUGGUAUGUGCCCGAUUGAAAUUGGUGUCCAAAAACGCCAAAGACCCUAUUACUGCCUCUUUACCGACGGGACCCGGACUAUCUGCUCAAGAAACUGUGUCCUUAUUGGUGAACGCUCAUCUAUACGAGGACGCCAUUCACAUCUCAAAAAUCUUUGACUUAGAAAGGGCCCCCAUUGUAGAAGGGUUAGCUUCACGUUGUGUCACAUUGGCCCGUGCCAAGGCCACGGAGAGGGAUGCGGCUUGGGAUUGGUUGUCAGAAAACAACCAAGCCAGUGCGGAUUUACGGAGUGGUUCUGCCGUUGAAGCGGCGUGGAAAUUACUCCAGAACAUUCUUCUCCGCUUGGAGGUCAAGGGACAAAGUUCCCUGUUCAAGGCUGUGGUUAAGCGAAUCUUCACCCAUGGAGCUACGCUACCAGCUUGGCUCAUUCACGAGUACAAAGAGAGGAAUCCGUCCGAGCUCAUUCGCCUCUAUCAUGUCCACGGGUAUCUGGAAAAUGCGGCCAAUAUGGCCUUGGAAUUGAUCUCAGCUGUUUUGGGCGUGGGUAAAGAAUAUUUCGGCCUCAAAGAGUGUCUUAACGCGAAUGGAGCGCCAGUUUGGCUUCCGUAUGAUAUACUGGACCAGCUUUUAUUGGAACUUCAAGAGUAUUCAUCUGAGGAUGUCGUUUACAAAAAGUUGCUGAGUGAUCUCACCCAAAAAUUGGACGGCUACUUUGUAACGGUGCAACGAGUCAAUGACGACAUGAUGGCCAUGAAAAUGCCUUCUUCGACACAAUUGUAUUGAUAACUUGAUGAAAUAAAAAAUGGACACCUUA